UCCUUUAAUUUCCAAUUGGAUGAUGCCCACAAGGAUGUUCUCCUUAGAAAUGAGAAUUUGGCGGUAUGCAAGACCCCAAGCCAGAAUGAGACAGGAGACAUGAAGUUCCAGAUGGACUUCGAUUCCAGGAAAAAGGGUGAAUUGAACUUCACAUACCUGGAGGAUCCAGUCAUAUCGUAUGUCUUUUCUGGGGGAUCUCAGCAGGAUGAGAGACCCAGGACCAUCGCGUCAGGUGGAAUUCGCAUCCACGUGAUGGGAGAACACCUUCAGUCCGUCUACAAGCCAUCUAUCUGUUUUAAUGGAACGACUUUUUGUGAAGAAUGUCAAGCUGAAAACGAAACGUCCAUGCGAUGUUUGAGCCCAGCCAUGGAAGAGGAAUUUUAUCCGGCAGUCUUGACUUACGGGUUUCAACUAGAUGGUGUGAAAACCUACAGUGACAUGGGCAGUUUUUUACUUCUUCAGGAUCCUAUCUACUACAAUUUUGAAGGCGUGAAACUUCACUUAAGAGGCUAUCUCACUCUGGAUGGACACAACCUCGACCUUGGAGUUUCCCUGGAAGAGAUUGAAGUAUGGAUCGGAAAGGAAAAGUGCAAGGUGACCUCUCUGUCUAGGACCCAGUUGAUCUGCUUGCUACCAGACAGGCAACCUAGGGGAGGCUUCAAUGGAAAUCCACCUCUUCUCACUGGUGGUUGGACGAGUACACGAGUACCCAUCCUCACCAGCACUCAAGAGUACCCAAGUGACCUACUGCUUCCUCCUGCCGUACUGGAACCUCGGGAGGAGGAUUAG